UCGUUUAAAACUAAUAUCAGUAAGAAAUUUACUUUAAUCAAAUCCUGUUUACGGUGGUGAUAUUUUUUUAUCUUGACAGUUUUUUUCCUACCCUUUUUUGCGUUGUUAAAUUUUAUGAUCACAUAGUGAGACUUUCUUUGCACCAACACCACAGAGUUCAGUAGUUGUCUCGUUUCUCUAGUUACGUAAAUGUAGGUAGUUAAGGUUUAGGGGCAGAUAUUUUUAAUCUUAAUUUUAUUUACGGAUUUUCUGAUGUGUUUUAAUAACCAUUCUAUUGAUUCCAAUUUCAGUAAUAAUGAUGGUAACUGCAUAUUUGUUAACCAUUUGAAUUAUAAUCCAUGUACUAGUAAUAUAGAAAUCUAAGCAUUUAUCUUGCUAUUUUUGAAAGUAAGCAUUUAUAAUCUCUUAAAAAUAUUACAAACAUACAUAUAUUAAAGCGUGUGUAAACCAUAAGCUAGAACUAUGGCCGAAAAAAGAGCACUAGACAGCUGAAAGAUAGGUACAAAAAAUUGUGAAACUCCACUUGGCAGUUUAGAAGAGUACCUCAGUUACUAUCUCAACUCACAGCCAGAAACAGCAGCCGAUGUUACCACAAAAUACUCACCUGCCCUUUAACCUUGGGAUCAUCAUCACCGCUCGUGAUCCCAUAAAUCUCAUUAGCCAUUACACAAGAUCCUUAAUGUAUAAAUAUAGACGACAGAGUCCUGAUGAGCUUUAGUCAAGGUAGUAGAAAUGUGUUUAACUAACAAUGAUUAGGCAGAGGAGACACCAACGAGCCUUGAGCCUUUCUUUACCUGCUCCACUGCCCUCAUGUGAAUUUCUACACCAUAAUAAUCUUUCGUCUUCGUCUUCAUCGCCAUUAUCAUCAACAAGUUCGACGAAUUCUUUUACUGUUGAUAAUGUUUUGGACCUUGAGAAGGUAGCGGUUCUUGGUCAUGGUCAUGGAGGCACUGUUUAUAAAGUCCGACACAAGCAUUCUGCUAAUGUUUAUGCGUUGAAAGUGCUGAGAUUUGAUGAAGGUGAGAUGAAGAUACAACAGGAGGCUGCAGUACGAGAGGCGGAGAUUCUUAAACGGGUGGACUCAAGUUUUAUUGUCAAGUGUUACGGUGUGUUUGAUAAUGAGGUUCUUGAUACAGAUAAUGGUGGUGAUCUUUGUUUUGUUAUGGAGUAUAUGGAAUCUGGAUCUUUGCUAGAUAUCUUAAACAUUUGCCACACUUUACCCGAAAAGGUGAUUUCUGUGGUGGGAAGAAGAGUUUUGGAAGGAUUGCAUUACUUGCACGGAAUGCAGAUAGUGCAUAGAGACAUCAAGCCGUCGAAUUUACUGAUCAACAGCAAAGGGGAGAUAAAGAUUGCUGAUUUUGGCGUGAGCAUAGUGGCAAAGACGAAUGAAGAGCAUGAAUGGUGUGUUGGAACAUGUGCUUACAUGAGCCCGGAGAGGUUUGAUUCAGAGAGGUGGAAUGGUGGAGACUGUGAUGGAUUUGCUGGCGACAUUUGGUCCGUUGGAGUGGUACUGUUGGAAUGUUUUGUAGGGCGUUAUCCAUUAAUUGAUCCGGGACAGAAGUUAGAUUGGGCGACACUAAUGUGUAACAUAUGCUUCGCGGAGAAGAUGGUGCUGCCUGAUAAGGCGUCGCCUGAGUUCCGUAAUUUUGUUUGGAGGUGUUUAGAGAAGGAUUGGAGGGCGAGAGGUACAGUGGAAGAGCUUCUUGAUCACCCAUUUGUAACUACAUGUUGCAGUGCUUCAGUAGAAGGGCUACUUGGGAAUGCUUCCGAGACUUCAACUCAGAAGUCAGAACCCUCGUUGGCUAAGUGGCCUGACUGACAAUUUUUGAAUAAUCCCAACUAAAAAUCGUUUUUCUAUAAAUUUUGUUGUCAGAACAUAAUAUUAAUAUUAAUUAAUAUUCUGAAAUAAAAAAAAAUCAAUAAUAUGGGCAUUACAUAACUGAGAGAAGUCAAGCUCCUGAGUCCUGAUGACAAGAAUUCAGUUUUUCCCUGUAAAUGUAAUGUUGAGUCGUUUUUCGUUUACUCAAUAAUAAAAGCCUGAUAUAAUAUUAAUAAUU